GCAGUACAAUAGUAACAACUUUGAAUUUACUGAUAUAUUUUCCAUUUUUAUUCGGCUACAUCAUGACGGGUGAAAUGGAAUUUCUUCGAAUAUAUUUUUCCUAUUGAACACUAUACGAGUUUCAUGGCCAAAUUUAGAACUUUAUAAGAUAGAAUUGUCAAAAGUACGUCUCUUACCAAUUCAUUAACUGCACGAUAAUUCUAACCUCAAAGUACAUUGGUAUAGAUAUUACUUUUAUAAUAUUGAAUGAAUAUAUUUUUAAUCAAUUAUGUUUCUUUUACGAUCGUAAAGAUUUUAUUAAAAAACGGAGUUAAACACGAAGAGGUACCAUGAUUACAUUAAGAGGAAAAUUGAAAAAAGAUGCAGAGAUUACAAAUUCUAAAAAUAGAGAUUACAAUAAACGGGCAUCUAUUCGCGAUAAGCUACUAAUAAAAGAGGUACAAGAAAUGGAACAAACGCUUCCUAUUACCUGUCAAGUUAUGUUUAAUGAUCCUCAUAGAUUACAUGAAUUUACACUUUUAAUUACACCUGAUGAGGGAUAUUGGGUUGGUGGUCGCUUUUUCUUUGACGUUAUUAUAUCAGAAGAUUAUAAUAUGGCUCCACCGAAAGUGAAGUGUACGACGAAACUAUGGCAUCCUAAUAUAAGCGAAGAUGGUGAUGUGUGUCUAUCAAUAUUAAGGCAAAAUAGUAUAGAUGGAAUGGGAUGGGCGCCAACCCGCAAACUAAAAGAUGUUGUAUGGGGUUUAAAUUCGCUCUUUACCGAUCUUUUAAAUUUUGAUGAUCCGUUAAAUAGAGAUGCAGCUGACUUGUUUAUUAAAGAUAAAGAAUCUUUCCGUUCUAAGGUAAAGCAAUACGUUAUGCAAUAUGCAAAAAGAUGAUUUCCAAUUCAAAUUCCUAAUACAACAAUAUAAUUAUGCACUUACCAAAUUAGAUCCAUGAUUUUUGCAAAUCAAACAAAAUUUGAAAUAAAUCGACGUUUUCAAAGGAAAUUGUACAUUAUAUUUUGAUAUAUAUUUCUUACUAGUCUCAUAUUAGAAAGAGUAUAAUUUUAUUUUUAUUUUUCUUUAAACAUCCAAGAUAUUCAACUUGUUACUAUUGUUGAAAGUACAAGAAAGAUGCGUCAAAGAUAUACCACAUGUACGAUAGUUCUUUCUCACCACAGAUUAUCUAUGACUACACGAUUUGUAAAUAAAUUCAAUAUUUAAUAAAAAAA